GGUAUUGACAAAAUACACAGAAAAAAUACAAGUACAGUCAUACAGACAUGCUUCCCAUGUUGUUUAGGGCGGAUCAUUUCAUUCCGUAGAAUGCAGAAAGAAUCAGUACUAAUUAUAGUGAUCUGAUGUAAUAUCAUCAUCCAAAUCCCUAAUUAAUCUUCAAAAGCCGCCCAUUUUACGCGCAAUUCCUCUCUCUUAUCUUUCUAAUUCCUUUUUUCUAUUUUCUAUUUUCACUUAUCCGCCAUUUUUUUUACAUUUUCAAGCUGUAAUUAUGUCUAAUUUCAUUCCAUAAUAAAUCAAUUCCAGAUAUUCUAUUUUGUCUUUCUCUCUCGUUCUUAAUUACCUUUCUUUUUCAGUUGAUUUUUUUUUUCUUAAUUUUUUUUAAUUACUUCGUUUUCUUCAAUUGAAUUAUCAAAACUUAGGAGGGUUGAAAACCUGAAAUUAAGGUGAGAAGGGGAGAUAAAACAAGUGUUUUUGUUGGAAGGAAAUUGCAUGUUCUGUUACAGGCAACCUCCUCGGAGAAGGAUGAGCGGUGGCUCAAAAAUGAACUUCUUGAAGCUUGAUGAUUCUCCCAUGUUUAGGACCCAGCUGCAGUGCUUGGAAGAAAAUUCUGAAUUGCUUAAGGAUCGUAGUUUAAAGUUUUACAAAGGAUGUCACAAGUACACGGAAGGACUUGGGGAGGGUUAUGAUGGAGAUGUCGCUUUUGCAAGUGCUCUCGACACUUUUGCAGGAGGCAAUAAUGACCCUCUAGGUGUUUCAUUUGGAGGUCCUGUCAUGGCAAAGUUUACUAUCGCCUUGAGAGAGAUUGGUACUUACAAGGAAGUUCUUCGAUCACAGGUGGAGAACCUAUUAAAUGUUAAGCUGCUGCAAUUUGUCAAUGUUGACCUUCAUGAUGUCAAGGAAGCUCGAAAACGCUUUGAUAAGGCUGCCACUAUGUAUGAUCAGGCUCGUGAGAAGUUUUUGUCGCUGAAGAAAAGUGCCAGGAAGGAUACAGUUGCCAACGUAGAGGAGGAACUUCAUGCUGCAAGAGCUCUCUAUGAUCAAGCACGUUUUAAUUUGGUUACUGCUCUUUCAAAUGUGGAAGCGAAAAAACAUUAUGAGUUUUUGGAGGCUGUUAGCCGCUCAAUGGAUGCACAUCUUCAUUACUUUAAACAGGGUUACGAAUUGUUGCAUCAGAUGGAACCUUAUAUGAAGCAGAUUCUUGACUACGCAGAGCAGUCAAAACAAAGUUCUAACAAUGAGCUCAUGUCCCUUAAUGAAAAAAUGAAAGAGUACAAAAAACAAAUAGAUCAACAAAGUAGGCAAUCUGUCAAUGGGUCAUGUGAGGUUCCUGGAGUGGACUGUCCACUACCUUUUACUAAAAGCACUGAUAAAGCAAUUGAAGAAGUCAUGCAGUCUUCUGCAAAUGGACAGAUCCAAAUCAUUCGACAAGGAUACCUAUUUAAACGUUCUUCUAAUUUGAGGGCUGACUGGAAACGAAGGUUUUUUGUUCUGGAUAGUCGUGGGAUGUUAUAUUAUUAUCGAAAGCCACGCAGCAAGGCAUCAAUGGGAACCAGUAGGCUUUCUGGUCCACUUCAUAGCUCUGUUGACCCUGGCUCAGCACUUGGUCGAUGGAUUUCUCAUUACAAUAAUGUAGCAAUUAAUGAAGAAAAAUCUGUGGCACGUCACACUGUUAACCUACUAACAUCAACAAUAAAGCUAGACGCUGAGCAGUCAGAUAUGAGAUUUUGCUUCAGGAUCAUCUCGCCUGUGAAGAGCUACACGUUGCAGGCAGAGAAUGCUGCUGAUCAGAUGGAAUGGAUUGAGAAGAUAAGAGGAGUAAUUGCUUCAUUGUUGACUUCACAAGCCAUUGAAGGGCGUCAUUCAAUAUGGGGUGAGCAAAAGGACCCAAGUUCUACGACAGAUAGUGGUUCCUUUGAAUGUUCUUCUAUAAUCAAUCCAUCAGUCACUGAUGAAGUUUCUUCAAAUACUGGCGGGCCGCAUAGUUUCCAACAGCAAAGACAUAGUGUGAGAGUUGAAAAACCUAUUGAUCUCUUGAAAAACGUGGAUGGUAAUGAGAAAUGUGCUGAUUGUGGUGCACCGGGACCAGACUGGGCUUCUUUAAACCUUGGUAUACUCAUUUGCAUAGAAUGCUCCGGUGUACAUCGCAAUCUUGGAGUUCAUAUAUCAAAGGUAAGGUCUUUGACACUGGAUGUAAGAGUGUGGGAGCAUUCUGUUAUAUCUUUGUUCCAAUCCCUUGGUAAUGUCUAUGCAAAUUCAGUCUGGGAAGAAUUUUUACAUGCCCAAAACUUUUCUAAAGAUGAAAGACCGGUUAUCUUCCCAAAGUCUGAGCAACACAAACCGGCAUUCAUGAAAAAGCCUACACCCAGUGAUCCUGUAGCAGUGAAAGAGUUGUUCAUCCAUGCAAAGUAUGAAGAAAAAGUUUUUGUUCGCAAAAAAAUGGCAAAUCAGAAUGCCUUCUCUGUGCCACAGCAGAUGUGGGAGAGUGUUCGUGCCAAUAAUAAGAAAGCAGUUUAUCAGCUCAUUAUAUGCUGUGAAGCAGACGUAAAUUCCAUGCAUAAACAGCCUUCUACUUUCAAAUCAUUUAUUAUGCCAAGAGCUAAAGAUUCAGAUGAAGUUCCCCUCAUCCGCAACACUGACAGAGGAAGAGCAAAAUAUGUUGAGAGGACUGUCUCUAGGUCAUUAAGCUCACUCACUAAGGGGAAAGAUCCUUUUAGAGAGAGUUCUCUUGAUGGGUGUACCUUGCUUCACCUCGCUUGUCAAUAUGCUGAUGUAGGCAUGGUGGAACUGCUCUUACAGUAUGGUGCAAAUAUAGAUGCAGUUGAUUCAAAAGGCCAAACACCACUUCAUCGCUGUAUCACAGAGCAGAAAAUCGAUAUCGCUAAAGUACUUCUGAUGAGGGGAGCCAGUGGAAAAUCUGUGGACAAGGAAGGUAAAUCUGCAAUGCAACUGGCUUUGGACUUGAAAUUGAACGAUGCUGAACUUUUGGCGCUCUUAAGAGACAGUUGCGGCUAGCGACACAAACGGAUCAAAUAAGUAAAACAAAUGGAGGGUAUUCUCUCUUGGAUUACAUACAUUUCAUCCCGAGGGUUCAAGAGAUGCAGCAUUUUGUAUCCAACCCUGAAUUUCUUGGAGAUUUAAGAAAGUCGAUUCUUAUAUCAUACCGUUUUAGCUUGACCGAGGUUCAUAUAUUUCACAAAUGUAUAGCUCCAAUCAUGUAUAAUAGUUUCCUUCCUUUGUUCAUUCAUUAUUUUUUGCUCGCAUUUCUUCUUGAUUGCCGGUAAUAAUGGGUUAUGUUACUAAAUUUUCUAUGUGGAGUGAGCUUUUGGAAAUCGUCAAUCCUUCCGCCCUUAGACUUUUGUUGAAAGAGAGGCUUGGAGGGGAUCGGAUUUUGUCAACAAACUGAUGAUAUUAGAUAAUUACCAUAGAUGAUAGCUUGUACAAAUUUGUAGUUUUUCUGUGCGAAUCUAUGUGCAAGUGCAACAUUUUUGAUAAAACUUUCAGGUUUAAUGUGCAACGAAAUCUUUUUCAGGUUUAAA